AUGAUCACCCUCCUAACAGCCGUCGGCGCCGUCCCGACCAUCAUCGGCACGACGCAGGCGAUAGAGCACGGCCAGCGCCAAAACGCGCGCAGACAGCACCGCGGGCGCAGGAGCAACCUGGUCGUCACCCUCCCGCGGAAGAAUUCUUACAGCGCCCUCUUCGAAGGCGCCAAGGUCGUGCUCAGGGACCACAAGCUGUACAUCGACACAGCUUCCAGCAUGCUCGCAAGCACUCAAGGUUCAGCUUCACAGGAAGAUCCAAGCAUUCCCAUGGAGACUUCAGGACCAGAGGCUACCGGCCACCUGUUCUCCGGCUUCUACCUCCCGCACCCGGCCCUCCAGCCGCAGUGGGCGCGCCGGGGCCUCAAGGGCGAGGGUCUAGUCUCGACCAUCCGCGAGGAGCCACCGGACCUCAACUGGAUCUACGUGGACCGCGACAACACGCUCGAGGUCAAGUACGGCUCGCGCGCCGAGUCCGAGGGCCACCUGCUGGGGCCGUGGGACUGCACCGAGCGCGAGCGCCGGGUCACAUUUGAGGGGUGGAAGGGCUUCCUGGCCGUCGAGGACACGCCGGGCGUGUGGGCGCUGUGCUUUGACCGCGAGGACGACGCCCUUGGGGGAAGGUCGGUGAGGCGGCUUGCUGUGCUGCUGAGCCGGCGGGAGCCGGCUAGGAGUAGGGAGGUGAGGGAGGAGGAGGCUGGGCUGGCGCGGAGGCGAGCAGAUGGGGCAGGUGAGGCUUGA